GGAGAGAUGAUCCAGUAUGGGUGGAAUGCUGGGGCUUGUCACUUGCAUGUAUUUGGAUUGGUAAAAAAUUUCAAGGAUAAGAAGCUCACAGAUGAUGAGUGUCAUGAGAAGAAUGGGGCAAUCUUGGGUAUCCUUGCACUGACAUGGAACCUUCUGAUCAGGACUCUGCCAGAGGAAGUGGUAGCACCAACUAAGGCUGCCAUUGCAGCCUCAGGCUUGCCACCCAUGGCAAGU